AUGGCGGAUGAUGACAAAAAGCGUCUCGAGGAGGCGAAGAAGGCCAAACAGGCCGAAAUCGACCGCAAACGCGCUGAGGUGCGCAAGCGCAUGGAGGAAGCCUCCAAAGCCAAAAAGGCCAAGAGAGGUUUCAUGACACCAGAGAGAAAGAAGAAGCUUAGGUUGCUCCUGCGUAAGAAAGCCGCUGAAGAGUUGAAGAAGGAACAGGAACGCAAAGCAGCAGAAAGGAGGCGUAUUAUUGAAGAAAGGUGCGGCAGACCCAAAAACAUUGACGACGCAAACGAAGAAAUGCUCAAGAGAAUAAUCCAGGAGUAUUAUGACCGCGUAUAUGUGUGUGAGGGCCAGAAGUGGGAUUUGGAACACGAAGUCAGGAAAAGAGAUUUCGAGAUCUCCGACCUGAACAAUCAAGUCAAUGACCUUAGAGGAAAGUUCGUCAAACCUACACUGAAGAAGGUGUCCAAAUACGAGAACAAAUUCGCCAAGCUCCAGAAGAAGGCCGCCGAAUUUAACUUCCGUAACCAACUCAAGGUUGUCAAAAAGAAGGAAUUCACCCUCGAAGAAGAAGACAAAGAGGCUAAAAAGGCAGAGAAAGCUGACUGGGCUAUCGGGAAGAAGUGA